AUGCCAAAUGGUAGUCUUGAUACUUAUCUCUUUGGCAAUAAAAACCCUCUUGGUUGGUCCAAUCGAUAUAAAAUAGCUCAGGGUUUGGCAUCUGCAUUACAUCACCUGCAUGAGGAGCAAGGUGAAAAAUAUGUUAUUCACAGAGAUAUCAAACCGAGCAACGUGAUGUUAGACUCAGAGUUCAAUCCGAAGCUUGGAGAUUUUGGUUUAGCUCGACUAAAGGACAGCAAUGAGCAAGGUUCAAAAACUACUAAACUGGCAGGAACCUUGGGGUACUGCGCACCCGAGUAUGUCACUUCACGUAAAGCUAACAAGGCAACAGAUAUGUUUAGCUUUGGUGUCACUGCACUGGAAAUUGGGAGUGGGAGAAGUGUGGAGAACCAAGUCUCUGACAUGGAUUUAGUUAAAUGGGUUUGGCAUUUAUACGGACAGAAGCAACUUCUUUUAACAGUUGACAAGAGGCUAUCGCAGGACGUUAAUGAGAAACAAUACAAUUGUUUGAUGACUGUAGGGUUGUCAUGUACACACCCUGAUCCAAGUAAGAGAUUAACCAUAGAAGGAGUAAUUCAUGCAUUAAAAAAUGUCAUUCCACCUGAAGUCCCCGUAAAUAUGCCUACUCCCCGAUAUGACACACCCACUAAUCAUCCAUCUAGUUCUAGAAACCAAGUCAUAAAGAUUAUGCAUUCAUGA